AUGAACGAAACUUUUGUUUACGACUUGGGAACUCUAGAUAGUAGAUAUAAAUCUUAAUAAGAAUGUCAUUCAUAAUACUAAACUCAACACUCUAUUUUCAAAGAUUUUACGUUCAAAGUGGAGUAUAACUUUAUAUUAUUCACACUCUAAAAAAUAAAAUUCUUCUUGAAAAAAGCUCUUUAUCUCUUCAAAAGCAAGCAAAAUAAUUUUGUAGAUUAAUGUUAUAGAGAUUUUAUGCUUUUUUAGAAAUCAAGGAAAGAAGUUGAAAAAAAUUUAGAUCUUGUUUAUAUAACUAAAAAAUUGUUUGAAGUUGAGAAGUUAAAAAUGCUUCUUUUAAACAAGGAUUAGCUCCUUAUUUUUAAUAGCUUAGUAACACCUGUUAUUCAAAUUAGUGAGAGUAAAAGCUAAACAAAUUUCGAGGUUUAAGUUCCACUUCAAGAUUAUUGUUCUCAAAGAAACAUAACAACUUUGCGUGACACAAAUCAAAUUCCAAAAAUAAAUUCAAAUAAAGAUAUAAAGUAAAUAAGAUGCUCACUCUUUUAUCCAUCAAUAGGCUUAAAUGAUACAAAGUAGCUGUUGGAUUCUUAUUAAAAAAUUAGUGAUAAAGAGUCAAAAAGAAAAGAGCUCGAACAUAUUUUUAAAGAAUUAAAUGAAAUAUAAAAUGAAGUUUCUUCUCCUGAUAAAAUAUAAAGAUAAGGUCAGGGAUAGAUUCGGUUUUAAAUUGACUCUGCAAAAUGUAAAAGCGCUGUUAAGGUUAGCAAUCGUAUUUACAAGAUGAUAACAUCAAAUUUCUUGGACAAAUAAAUCAUAAAAAUGAUUAAGUUAAAUCAAAAUAUUUAUCAAAUUAUAAACUUCUAGAAUACUAUUUCAAAGCAGAAAUCUUUUGUUAAUAUACAAUAUAGAAAUAAAAUAUCAAAAACAAAUAACAAAAGUCCCUCAUAGAAAAUAGAAUAAGAAACUCGAAGUUAAGAAUCAUCUCCAAACAAAAGGAUUGGGAUCAGAACACCAUCCAAAAGUUUAGAAAAAAUAUGUUUUUAAUCAAACAUUUAGAAUAAAGCAUAAAUAUAAGAAAAUGGUUUAAGGCAAAAAUAAAAUGUAAGCAAGUUUACUGUUUUUAAAUCAAACUAAAUCAAAUCAGAAUAAAAUUUAAAAAAUGGAAAUCUUAACUGCUUUGAUACAAUAUCCAGCAUUAAAACAAGAAACAGGACCAAAUCUAACUGCACAGAUAUAAAAGAAAUCAGUAGCAUUGAAGGCUCUGAGACUCUAUAAAGCAAGAGCUUUCCCAAUGAAGAAGAAUUGAGUGAUAUAAAUUCUCACAUAAAUGAACAUAACUAAGAAGACUUUAUAAGAGCAUCCAUAAAUUAAUACGAUAUGCUAUUUCAUAAUAUUACAAGUAGAAAAAUCAAUUAAAAAAAAAAAAACUCCUAAAAAUUAUAUUCUUAGCCUAUAAUUUAAAAUGAAUAACUAGACAUUAAAGAAAAAUCCCCUAUUAUUUAGAAAAAUUAAUUAUAAUUUAGUUUUUUCAACAACAACAAAUAAGAGUGA